AUGGUUUCCUCAUCAUCAAGCUCUAGAUUGUUUCUUUCAUUGAUAGAACUUGUGUUGCUCGUAGGUCAAGCCCUUGAUCAACCAUAUUUCCUAUACAACUUAUGUAUAAACGAGACGGGUAACUAUACCGCUGGUAACGGUAACGGCUACAGCUUUUACAACUCCAACUCCUCCUUUGGAGAAAACUCAGACAAAGUUUAUGCACUCGGCCUUUGUAGAGGAGACGUUGAGGCCAACGACUGCGGCAGUUGCCUCAGCGACGCCAGAUAUUGUCUCACGGCGGCCUGUCCUGUUCAGAAGGAGUCCAUUGGGUGGUUCACCCCUUGGAACGUGUCGUCAACACUAGUGGAGGAGUUCAACCAAAAGCUUCAGCCCUUGUUGGAAAGACUGUCUAGUCAAGUUGCUGAAGGAGGUAUUGAUCGUAAGUUCGUUGUAGGCUGGCAAAACACAAGCGCCGCCAAUGUAACAAUAUAUGGACUCGCACAGUGUACUCCAGAUUUGUCAGCCCAAGAAUGCACUGAAUGCUUCCAAACAGCUUUAGCAAAGAUCACAGUAUGUUGUUUGGGGAAAUUUGGUGGGAGAGUUAUUAAACCCAGCUGUAACUUAAGGUAUGAAAUUUACUCAUUUGUUAACAUUGCAGCUGUGGCACCCACACCUUCAUCAACAACAUAUCCUCCCCCACCUCCUUCUGCGUAAGCAGAUGACAUGAGCACCGAAGCCUUGCAAUUUGACUUUGACUCCAUUAGAGUUGCUACGAAUAACUUUUCUGAAGCAAAUACACUUGGGCGAGGCGGAUUUGGUGCUGUUUACAAGGGUAGGCGUUGGAACGAAGAAGAUAUAGCAGUGAAAAGACUUUCUAAAGAUUCUGCACAAGGAGACAUAGAAUUUAAAAAUGAGGUGAUCUUAGUGGCCAAGCUUCAACACCGGAACUUGGUUAGGCUCCUUGGUUUUUGUCUGGAAAGAAAUGAAAGACUUCUUGUCUAUGAGUUUGUACCAAACGCAAUUCUCGAUCAUUUCAUAUUUGAUCCAGUCAAGCGUGCAGAUUUGAAUUGGGAAACUCGUUACAAAAUCAUAGUAGGCAUUGGGCGAGGGCUCCUAUACCUUCAUGAAGAUUCUCGUCUUAGAAUUAUCCACUGUGAUGUCAAAGCCAGUAAUAUUCUAUUAGAUGCAGAAUUGAAUCCCAAGAUUGCUGAUUUUGGCAUGGCAAGAUUAUUUAAUAUCGAUCAAACACAAGCUGAAACCAGUCGAGUUGUGGGAACCUACGGAUACAUGGCACCGGAGUAUGUUAUGCGUGGACACUUUUCUGUUAAGUCUGAUGUCUGUGGCUUUGGUGUGUUGGUCUUGGAGAUAAUAAGCGGACAGAAAAUAAGUUCACUUCGUCACGAAGGAAAAUUGGAGGAUCUUCUGGGCUAUGCAUGGAAUAGUUGGAAAGAAGGGAUAUCUUCAAACUUGAUAGAUCCCAUGUUGAGAACCGGUUCAAGGCCGGAAAUAAUGAGAAGCAUUCACAUCGGACUGUUGUGUGUGCAGCAAAGUAUAGCUGAUAGGCCAACUAUGGCUCAAGUUAUUCAAAUGCUUACCAGCAACUCUGUUGAUCUCCCAGUACCCUCACAACCAGCAUUUUUUAUGUAUAAUCAUGGCAUUGGAUCCUCAUCCGACGUGUCGUUGGGAUUUGAGAGUAACUAG